AUGUCGGACGCCAAGGCCGAAGUGAGGGCGCGAUGCCUUGUAAUUGAGCAAGUCCUGCGUGACAAUUGGAUCGGACCUCACCGGUCACGGAUGUGCUCCACCAACGACUUCAGGCACUGGGAGCCCAGCGAAGUGGAAGCCCUUUUUAAGUUGCUCCCCGACAUCAAUGAGCGGAAGCUCUCGCCUCACGGGCCACAUUGCCGCCCUGCGCCGGAAGGAAGCCGGCGAUGGACUGAGCUCGCCAUGAAGACAGCUAUGAUAGGUGCCGCCAAUACGUUCGCCCUCGCCGUCUCGCCCCUGGCUCUCGUCUCCAAGACUGUCCGCACCGAGGCCCUGCCCGCCCUCGUCAAGCUCAACUACGAGGCCAUCGGUUCGUCGUUCUUCGUGAAAUGCCCACUGGAUUUGCUCCGUCAGGCGGCGCAGUCGGGCAUGGCUGUCUGCGUCAACCGAUGGGGCCACUUCAGCAUCCGCCUAGCAGGGUUCGCUGCCAUCUCGCAUGUGUGGGUCGAGACGAUGGGCCUCGAGUUCCACGACGAGAAGACCAAGCAGGACUAUCGUGGCCUUGACUACGCCCAUUUCAGCCGCAUCAUCUCUGGCGGCGUUGCGUCGUCUGGGUACGACUGGUUCUGGCUGGACUUGCUUGCCGUGCCCCAGAUUCGGGGAGACGAGGAUAAUGUCGACAUGCUGCGAGAGCUCAAGAGGGAUGUGGUCAAUAGCCUGGUGCAUGUCUAUAGGAAUGCUGACGCGGUCAUCAUUCUUGACUCUCUGACAUUGCAACUCCCUUCUGAGGAUGCCUGUACCGUAGCGGCUAUCUUGGCUUGUGGCCGAUGGUUGACGCGUAUGUGGACGUAUCAGGAAGUCAAGCUCGCCCGAAAGGCCAUCAUUGUCACCAAAACCGGCACUCUUGAUUUCCAAAACAUGGUCAACGCCUUAGACUCCCGCGCAAAGCAGAACGAGAUCGGCCGCAGCUACUGGCGGGAAAUCUGUCUAAAGUUCAUGCGGCUCCUCCCAUCAGACCCGCGAGGCGUGUCCUUGGCGGACGUGGCCUUCUGCUGCACCGACAGGAACACGGAAAACGACAUCGACUACGCCCGAAGCCUGUUUGCUCUGCUGAGUUUGCAGUGGCAGGCUGGCUGGGGCUACGAGGAUGCCAUACUGCACAUACUCCGUUCACGGCCCCAAGACGCGGCUCGGAUCGCACAUCUCCAGGGCAUGCGUGGACUCCCUCCUCCGUUCUCUUGGGCUCCUCGGUAUCUCGCCCGCCUGACGGGUAUGGUCAUCGACGGCUAUAACGCUACGGAGAACGGGCUCAGCGGCUCGUGGACCACAUUCCGCGUCAACAGGAUCAUCCGCCAUGGCGAGCACAAGGACAGUGCCAAACUGAUCUUCCACAUGGAGCUGCUGAACCGGCACGGUGAGCCUUUUCAAAUGUGGACGGAGCUGCCGUAUAGCUGGUCAGACAACCUGGGGAUAUGGCUGAAGGAAGCUAUGCCGGCUGGAUCGGCUAGGCUGCUCUUCCCGAAGGUCCCGCCGAACUUGCUCGAGAAUCACGACCCGGUCAUUAUGCUACUGGUGCUGCAGAGUGGUAUGCAGUCUCGUGGCAUUGUUGUUGGAACGGCGGCUAUGAAUGAUGAUGAUGUGACUGAACUCCAAGGCGAAGAGAUGGCAUGGCUGUUGGGAUGA